AUGGCAAAGUUCUGGAGUGCCAAAUUUUUCAUGGCACUAGCUUGGCUAGGCUCUUUAGCUGGGACAGAGGUGGAGGCUCAAUACGUUCCACCAUUCGCGCCUCCUCCGUGGCAGAAACCCCAGGACCCUCAAGUUCCACUGUACCGUCCUCCUCCGUGGCAGAAACCCCAGGACCCCCAAGUUCCACCAUUUCCGCCUCCUCCUCUUCCAAAGCCCCAGAACCCUCAGAUCCCUCCACCAUACCGCCCUCCUCCACCGCAAGAUCCUCAACAGCCUCGACCUCCUCCUCCACCUCCGCCAUAUCAGCCUCCUCCGUGGCAGAUUCCCAAGAAACAACCUCCGCCUCCACCUCCACCGCACAUCCCUCCUAUACCACAAAAGCCCCAGCAACCUCGACCACCUCCCCGGCCAUUCCCUCAAGGGCAAGUCCCACCUUUUCCUCAAGUAUCCGAUGAUUACUUUCCCCAAAAACCAAAAGUCCCAAAGAAUCAAAAGGUGCCUCCGACGCUGCCACCUGCUCAGAGCUGUGAUGUGGAAAGAAGUGUGAGAGUCCCAUGCGGAACUACUGGUAUUUCAGGUGCUCAGUGUGAAUCCAUAAAAUGCUGUUUUGAUGGCAAUCAGUGCUACUUUGGAAAGGCAGUGACUGUCCAGUGCACUCGGGAUGCCCAAUUCGUUGUUGUUGUCGCCAAAGAUGUUACUCUACCCCACCUUGACCUCCAGACAAUCUCGCUGGCAACAGGUGGUCCUGGCUGUUCAUAUGUUGACUCCAAUUCAGCCUUUGCCAUAUAUCAGUUUCCUGUUACUACCUGUGGCACUACCUUUAUGGAGGAGCCUGGUGUAAUAAUCUAUGAGAACAGAAUGACUUCCUCAUAUCAGGUGGGGGUUGGGCCUCGUGGAUCUAUUACCCGAGACAGUCACUUUCACUUCAUCUUCCAGUGUAGGUACAUCGGCACCGAUGUUGAAACUGUGAUUGUAGAAAUCCUACCGUUACAAAAUCCCCCUCUGCCAGUUUCUGCUAUGGGACCCAUUAAUGUAAUCUUGAGGUUGGCCAAUGGACGAUGCCUUACAAAGGGUUGUAAUGAAUUGGAUGUGGCCUAUACUUCGUUCUAUACGGAAGCAGACUACCCUGUGACCAAAGUCCUGAGGGACCCUGUGUACGUGGAGGUUCAGCUUCUCAAAAAGACAGAUCCGAUGCUUGUCUUGACUCUUGGUCGCUGUUGGGUAACCACAAGCCCUUUCCCUCACUCCUUCCCCCAGUGGGACAUUCUGAUAGACGGAUGUCCAUACCGGGAUGAUAAUUACUUGUCCUCACUGGUACCAGUGAGUGCUAACUCUGGCCUGGACUUCCCCAGUCAUUACCGGCGUUUCGUUUUCAAAAUGUUCACCUUUGUGGGUUCCUCAGUAAAGGACCAGAAGGGAAUGGACCCACUGCAUGAAAAGCUGUACAUUCACUGUAGCACAGCCGUGUGUGUUAGCGGACAGUUUGUCAGCUGUGAGCCAGCAUGCCACAGGACAAGGAGAGAUGUCGAGGCUGAAGACCAAAAUACGAAUGAACCAAAGACUGUGGUUUCCUCUGGGCCACUGAUCAUGACUGCUCCCGAGCAGUUAACAGCUUGA